AUGAUGGAUAUGAAGAUCGCUAAUAAAUACCGGUUAGUUAAAAAAUUAGGAAGUGGUUCGUUUGGUGAUAUUUACAUGGGAGUAAAUACAUUUAAUGAAGAAGAAGAAGUUGCUAUUAAAAUGGAAUCAACUAAAGCACGAUGUCCACAAUUAAGAUAUGAAUAUAAUUUGUAUAAAAUACUUAUGGAAACAGGAGAAAGUGGAACAAAGGCAACAGGUAUUCCUGCAGUAAAAUGGUGGGGAAUGCAAGAUGAUUGGAACUUGAUGGUUAUGGAAUUACUUGGACCAUCAUUAGAAGAUCUUUUUACAUAUUGUGGAAGAAAGUUUUCAUUAAAAACAACAAUUAUGUUAGCUGACCAAUGUAUUAAACGUAUUCAAGAAGUUCAUGAUCGAUUUUUUAUACAUAGAGAUAUUAAACCUGAUAAUUUUGUUAUGGGAAUGCGUAAUAUGAGUAAUACAGUUUAUGUAAUUGAUUUUGGAUUAUCAAAGAAAUAUCGAGAUAAUAAAACUAUGAAACAUAUUAAAUAUGCUGAAGACAAGGCCUUUGUUGGAACUGUAAGGUAUGCAUCAAUAAAUAAUCAUAGAGGAAGAGAACAAUCAAGAAGAGAUGACUUAGAAGCACUUGGAUAUAUGUUUGUUUAUUUUAUGAAAGGAUCUUUACCUUGGCAAGGGAUUAAAGGAAAGAAAGUUGAUAAAAAUACUCAAAUUCUGGCUAAAAAGGAAAGUACUCCAUUAAGUGAAUUAUGUGAAGGAUUACCAGAAGAAUUUGCUACUUAUUUAGAUAUUUGUAAGAAACUAGGAUUUGAUCAAACACCUGAUUAUCUUCAGUUAAGAAUGCUAUUUUGGAGAAUUGCUAAAAGAGAAGGAAUUGAAUUUGAUGGACAAUUUGAUUGGAUCCAAUAUAAAGGAGACAAAACACCUCAAGACACUAUGCCUGAAAUGGUUGAUAUUGAACGUCAUGGAAGUGGAAAUGGUGAUUCCGGAUCCAAAAGUGGUAGUGUUGAAUAA